AUGAUCACCGUUUAUUGGAAUUUCAAAGGAGACGUGCAGCUGACGAGCCAUUUCAUAGCUAAUAAAGGAAGCAAACGCUUGGAUGCAGAGAUCCUGCUGCGGGAGCGGCCCACCCCCGGGGGCCGUCGCCCUGUCAGGCCGCCUCUGAAGCCGUCUCGGCCUUGCCAGAAACGCCUCCGGGCUCCGAGCGCGGAACGAGCCACGCGCGCGUCUGGAAAGGCCCUUCCGCGGGCGCCUCAGACGCGCGGGCCUCCCUCGCCGCUGGCCAAUGGCAGGCCUAAAGGGGGGCGUUCUCGGCGCGUCCAAGCCAACCCAGCGAGGGGCGCCGCGCCCGGGCUGCCUGAGCGCGGAGCUUCGCAGAUGGCGGCGGGAGGAGGCCGAGGCCUAGGCGCCCUCCUCCUCCUCCUCCUCCUCCUCGGGGUCACCGCUGCCGCCCAGCCGUCCCCGGAGGCCUUCCAGGCGGGCCUCGACACCCCGUUCUCCUCGCCGCCUGCCGCUGCUUCUGCGGCGCUUCACAGACGGUAUCUUCUGUAUGAUGUAAACCCACCUGAAGGUUUUAACCUUCGUAGAGAUGUCUAUAUUCGAAUUGCCUCACUCAUAAAGACUUUGUCAAAAAGAGAAGCUUGGGUAUUGGUUUUACCACCCUGGGGACGUCUCUAUCACUGGCAGAGCCCUGAUAUACAUCAGGUCCAAAUCCCAUGGUUCGAAUUUUUUGAUGUUCCAAGCCUCAAUAAAAACAUACCUGUAAUUGAGUAUGAACAGUUUCUUGCAGAAUCAGGUGGACCUUUUAUCGAGCAGAUAUACGUCCUGCAAAGCUAUGCUGAAGGAUGGAAAGAGGGGACUUGGGAGGAGAAAAUAGAUGAAAGGCCAUGUAUCGACCCGCCCACAUACUCAGUGGACAGACAUAAAUACUACAGGGGGUGGUUCUGGGGCUAUGAGGAAACACGAGGCCUUAAACUGGCCUGCUUAUCAGUCCAAGGUUCUGCUUCAGUCAUAGCUCCUCUUCUUUUGAAUACUUCAUCUAGGUCAGUGAUGCUAGACAGAGCAGAAAAUCUUCUUCACGACCACUACGCUGGCAAAGAAUACUGGGAUACUCGUCGAAGUAUGGUGUUUGCUAAGCACUUGCGUGUGGUGGGAGACAUGUUUAGAACCAAAUACCUUAAUUCCACUGAUGAGAGGGACAGGACACAGUACACUGAAGACUGGACAAAGAUGAAGGUAAAACUGGGCACUGCUGUUGGUGGCCCAUAUCUGGGAGUUCAUCUCAGGCGUAAAGACUUCAUCUGGGGCCACAGAAAUGAUGUACCAAGCAUCCAGGGAGCAGUUAAGAAAAUCACCAGCCUGAUGAAGACGCAUAAACUUGAAAGAGUGUUUGUAGCUACGGAUGCGGUCGCAGACGAGAUUGAAGAGUUGAAUGGCCUGCUUCCAGGGAUGGUGAGAUUUGAGCCUUCUCAGGAGGAGGUGAAACUCUACCGGGAUGGAGGAAUAGCAGUCAUUGAUCAGUGGAUAUGUGCACAUGCCAGUUAUUUUAUAGGUACUUCAGUCUCAACGUUUUCCUUCCGCAUUCAUGAGGAAAGAGAGAUUCUAGGCUUUGACCCCAAAAUGACUUACAACAGAUUUUGUGGUGAUGAAGAGAGAACUUGUGAGCAACCAACUCACUGGAAAAUUGUGUAUUAACAUAGAUCGCAACAGAGAACAGUUAACUUGUGGGUUCACCAAAGCAACAUCAUUUUUAUGGAAAAAAAUUAUUUUGGACUGUCUGUUGCUUUUGUAUUUUUGGAAUUAUACAUACACAAAGAAUGGCAGUUUAUUCUCUCAGCCAGACUGAGAUGGAUUAUGUUGUAAAGCUAAGUGAAGAGGCUUGGUGAAUGCAUGUCUAGAGACCCAUUAGUCAUUUGGACAGCAGAAACAGUCUAAGGCAGAGGAUGAAGCUGCUGAAUGCCCUCCAGAAUCGUACCACACUUAAGUAUUGUAACUGCUUCAACUACCUCAGAAUCAAAAUUGAGAACUUCCUUGUGCAUUUUAAAUAAACACAACACC